CUGAAAACAGUGGUUCAAAUCGACUCAGUAAGCUGAUGUUGUUCAUGCUGUCUCAGGUCUGAGAGUAUAUACCGAUAUCGCUCCGUUUCGCUAAAAUGUGCUACUGCCAUCAACAACUUGCUUGGCAUAACCAAGGAAAAGAAUUACUUUGAUCAUUCUGCUUAGAGCAAUCCAAUUCAGUGGACUGUAUUUUCGAGAACAUUUUCAAAAAGAAAUGCAAUGUCAAUAAUAAACGGGAAAAGACCUUUCAAUUUGUUGAAGGCUUGUAAACAUUAUAUGGACAGACGAUUUCAAUUUCUUGAAUACCAUUAUAUGUUUAUCAUUGGAAUGACUAUCUUAAACUCCAUCAUUUUGUACGCUAGUGGACAUCUACAAUACAUCGAUGCUUUAUUCCUUGCUAGUGGAGCCGUUACGCAAACAGGUAUUCCUACAGUAAAUAUGACAGAUAUCUCGAUAUAUCAGCAACUUACGUUGUUAUUGUUCGCUGCCUUAAGUACUCCGGUUGCCGUCAAUUUGGGUCUUACAAUUAUGAAAUUGUACUUCUACAAUAGACGUUACGACAAGGUAAUGAAAGGUAAUCGCUUAAAAAUGACUUAUACCUACAACACAUUUCGCCGUAAUGAUGGACCAGAACCCAACAAGGUAGGUGGUCGAAAAAUCCAAGUGUUGUUGGAUCAAGGAAACCGAUUACGUCGUCCAAUUGUUCCUCAGAAAGAUUCUCGAGAACUCGAGGAACCACCGCAGCCCAAACGAAAGUUUUCUCGCUUUCGCCGCUCACUAAGCACAUUUCCUAGACAAAAUACACUUCCUAACCUUCCGUUCUUUAGAUUCCCAAGGAAGUCAGUAGACCUGGAAAAGCAAGAUCAAACUGCAGGAAAUAGUUCUUCUCCGAUUCCGUCAGGUCAUGGUGAACAAGAUCAUCCUCCCCCAAGUGAGUAUGCCACAAGGGAUGUAGACUAUUCAAGUGCUUCGUCCUCCUCAAAUCAUAAUGAAGAAGACCAUUCUAGUCAAAACGGAUAUUCCUCCCAGGACUUGGAUUAUUCAAACCCUCCAUCUCCUUUGGACCGUAGAGAAGAACGGGACCAUUCGACUCAUAGUGAGUAUGCUCCAAGGAACGUUGACUACUUAAGUGCUACUAGAGAUGAUUCAUCAGAUGAAGUUAAUGUAUCAUCCAAGCAGUCUAAUGAAUCGAACGACCUUGACUCUUCGACUCGAAUAAAUGAACAUGAUAACUCGACUUCAUCUAAUCGCACCGACUUCUCAACCCCAAAAGAAACAGAAAGUGGUAUUUCCCCCCUUCAUAGCGCUAAUUCGUAUCCUUCAGAGUAUAACAUUACGCGUACCGAUAAUGAUCCUCGCUCAUCGACUAAUCAACCAGAGGAAACCUCCGCUCCUCCCGAUAACUUAGACCAAAUAUCUACUUCUGGACUCGCUGAACAGCAGGAAGUGUCCAACCCUGGGGAAGCAACAAGUCCAAGAAUCACAAUUGCAACACCUCCUGUGCCUGAUCAUGAACGAAAGCCAGUUCAUACAACGGGUUAUGAUGAGGAUUCCAGUGCGAAGAAAUCUCCUAUGUCUUUUGGCAGAGCCAAUAGAGGUAAGACAUUUUCCAUGACACACCGUACCACAGAAAAUAGACGUUCAAUGUCUCUUUUUCCCCGUCAGCUUACAAAAACAUUUACGUCGAAUUUACCUGAAGUCUUCAGAGGUAGCAAUACUCUUCGUUCUAGAAACUCAUCCACUACCUUGCCAUAUCUUUCUUAUCAACCUACGAUUGGCAGAAACUCUGCAUUCUAUGCUCUAUCCGCCGAAGAAAGAGAAGAACUAGCUGGGAUCGAAUACCAAUCUCUUAAAAUACUGACUAUUUUUGUAUCGUUGUAUUUUCUUCUAUGGCAUAUUCUCGGCAUGAUUGCCUUCCUUAUAUUCAUAUAUACUGCAAAGGUUUCCGGAAAAGUAUGUACGGACGCAGGAAUCAAUCGUGGAUGGUGGGCGUCAUUUACCUCCGCCUCUUUAUUUAAUAAUAUUGGUUAUGCUUUACAUGAUGAUUCUUUAAAUCAAUUCCAAAAAGCUAUAUUUCCACAGGUUUUGGGAACCAUCUUGAUAUUAACGGGCAAUACAUUUUUUCCGAUUGGUCUAAGGCUGACGAUUUGGAUUUCAUUGUACUUUAGCAAGUACUUUACACCGCAUUAUCAGCAAUCAUUAAUCUUUUUACUUGAGCAUCCACGUCGCAGCUUUACACUGUUAUUUCCGUCAAAAACGACAUGGAUUUUGACCGCUAACUUGGUGUUUUUGAAUUUGCUUUCAUUUUUCUUUUUUAUGGUGUUAGACCUGGGUAAUCAAUAUGUGAAGCAAAUUCCAGUUGGCUAUAGAAUUAUGAAUGGCAUUUUUCAAAAUGCAUCUACUCGAGCGGCUGGCUUUACGGUUAUUGACAUUGGGCAGAUUGCUCCAGCAGUAAUCGUAAGCUAUAUGUUUAUGAUGUACAUUUCAGCUUAUCCGGUUGCUAUGAGUAUUCGACAAACCAAUGUAUACGAGGAACGAUCUUUGGGAAUUUAUUCUCCAGCUGCAGAUGUAGAUAAUGACAGCGAUACUGACAAUUCAGGAGAGAAAGGCGAUUCAGACAUGCAGGCCAAACCAAGAAGGACCUAUUUAAUAGAUCAUAUUCAACGUCAGUUAAGUCAUGAUUUAUGGUAUAUGUUUUUUGGGUUUUUUAUUAUUACUAUUUUGGAAGGACCUAGGUUGGAGAAACCAGGUGAACCUCAAUAUACGCUGUUUUCUGUUUUAUUUGAGGUUGUUUCGGGUUAUGGUACAGUCGGACUUAGUCUAGGCUAUAAUAAUGCGCCAUCUCUGUCGGCCCAUUUUCGAAAAAUUAGUAAACUUGUGAUGAUAGCAUUAGAGAUUCGUGGAAGGCAUCGAGGAUUGCCGAGUGCCUUGGAUCGAGCAGUACUUAUGCCCUCUGAGAAAAAUUUUGAUCGGGAAGAAGAGGAUUACAUUCGAAAACAUGGAAAGAAGAAAUGAAUUUCAUUAUUUAUGGCAUUAACCGUGUCACCUGUAUAACGUACAUAUUAAGGAAGAAAAAAAAAAGAAAAACUUGGUUUUUUAUGACACUUUCUUGAGUGAUGGAAGUGAUAGAAUAUUAUUUAUUACAUAGGUUCAUGAGACAAUUUGAAGUAUGUACUUGAAAGUUUUGAGUACGAUGAGAAGACAAAAUUCAAGUAGGAAC